AUGUGUCACGGAGCUCAAAUCACUUACCGGUGCUGUGGAGAGCGUCAAGACCGAAUCAUCCCAGGAGGCCAAUGCGAAGACUCUGGACCUUGCGGUCGUAUUUGGGGCCGAUCCAUCAUCCGAAGACAAUGCACCUCGUGCAGACGUCAACAGAUCAUGGAGGCACGUAGAGCAAAUGAGAACUACUCUCGCGGACUUCCUCGUGCCAAGGCCCUUUUGGAGUAUUUCCAAGACAACAGACCAACCCCUCUCACUAACCAAGCACUGGCUGAGAGAAAUUAUGAACAGACUGAACGAUGCUGGGACCAGUGGAAAGCAGGGACUCGCUUACACCCCUUUCCUCAGGGAUCGCAAUACAUCGAUAUAGUCCGUCAACGUUUCGAUGAGGAAGCAAGAGUUGGAUGGUUUCCCUAUGCCAUCGUUCGACCCCAGAUGUGGGAAGAGUGUCUUCAUCGACAAGAGGAAAUCGAUGGCUCACCGAGAGUCCUCAGCUCUGUUGACAAGAGCUUUGAAUUCUCGGUCGUACUCAAUGGAGAAAGAACCACCGAUACCGAUGGCAUUUCAAGAGAUGAAGAAACCGAGGCUGACCAUUCAACAGAACAGCAGGCUGAGAGAUUCGAAGAAGCUUUGCCUAUCACUAGCUUGAACAGAGUAAGCUCCGCCCCCCUUCUACCCCUUCCCCUCGGUACCGUUACUGAACCGCCUGCUUCAGAUGCUGAUGGAGAAACGAUCUGGCAAUAUGGACGACGUUACUCGGCCGAUCCGCUUUAUAGCAGUCCUACCGGCUCUGAUGAAUCCUCUCCUAUGGAUUUGGAUGAAAAUGACCUGGAGGAUUAUAAGGAUGAAGAGCAGGAAAAUAUUCUCAGCUUUGCCCAAUGGAGUGCUGACGCUCAACAUAAACGGCGUGAGGCCGGAACCGAGAUGGGCGAGAGAUAUGCCUUACCUUUGGAUGUUCAAGAUUAUCUAGACUAUCUUGGACUCCUAGAAGGGACAGCUCUCAAAAUCCUCGAUUUUCGAUCACUUUCAAAAGUUCUUGAGGCUCGACCAUUCCGCUUCUAUCCCUCGGCUACACUAGGCCGCCGGCAACUGUUACCACUUUCCGCCUGGCUCACGGUCCUGUUCUUUGAUGGACAAAAGGAAACCUACAUGGAGGCCAUUGGGGAGUACAAGUUGUACGUCCAGCAGUGUGGAACACAGCAGCAGUUCAACGAGUACGUCGAAUGUCUCAAUGAACAUGCGGCAAUCAAUCGCCAGAUCCUAACUGGAGAAGGCGAAGCUGCUGAUGACAUGUCACUCUGGGCUGAGGAUCGAAUUUUACCACAGCCUCCCUUUGUGUGGGCUAGGUCAACUGAGCUGGCAUGGCCAUUCUACCGGUUCCUUGACGUCUUAGGUUCUGAAGAUUCUUCUUAUGCUUUGCCGAUUCCACCCUACGAGCCUCCCAGUCUUGUGGAUUGA